AACAGCUUCUUCCUAUAACGACCUUUCCCCUACUUUCACUAGAGACAAGCUGAAAACAAGCUUCUUGGCCGGCUUGUGAUGAACGCUCCUGCAGCUUUUGAUUCCUUCCUCCUCUUGGAUGGAGAGAAGAAGAUCACUAUCACUAAGGACACCAAAGUCCCAAAUGCAGCCAUCUUUACAAUAGCUAAGGAAGAUCACACCCUGGGAAAUCUGCUCAUGAGGCAAUUGCUCAAGGACCCCCAGGUGCUGUUUGCUGGCUACAAAAUCCCCCACCCCCUGGAGCACAAGUUUGUACUGAGAGUGCAGACUACGCCAGACUACAGUCCCCAAGAAGCUCUCUCUGUGUCCAUCACUGACCUUAUCAGUGAGAUCGCUGUGCUAGAGACACGCUUCAAGGAGGCUGUCAAAGAGAGGCAGGACGGAGGGAACGAAUAAUAUCCACCUACCUAUUAGUACCCUCACAUUAGUUCUGAUGACAUUGUUUGUCUUGCCUUAAAUACUGUACACUCAUUUCACACUUUCUUCAAACAAGAUUAUUAUUAUUAUAAAAUUAA